CGUGGCUUCUCCUUUAAGGCUCCCCUGAAGUUUGAGAUGCACACGCGAGAGUUUCUCGGCCUGGGUGGUCUCUCUACUUUGGUGAGCUGUUGCUAAGCAGCUAAUAAUAGUCGUGUUUGCUGAGUAAUUUUUGCCCUUCUGGAACCAAUCAGAUCCGAGGAACCGCGGCCAUCUGACAGAGCCGGGGGCGGGCUCUCGGGCCCCUUCUCUUUUUUCCCCUCGUCCUUUACCCCUCCUCCUGUGCCUCCGAAUGGAGAGUGCUCUUUUUUCUCAUCUAUUCAAUCUCAGAGAUCGCCGUGUCCCGCGGCCCGAGCCACACCGCGCACAGCCCGCAGAAUGCGCCGACCACAGAGUGAGCGAGCCCGCCGCCGCAGCCGCAGAUCGCCCGGAGAGCGCCGCCUCCGCCUCGCCGUGUUGUGAGUGAGCAGCCCCGCAGGAGAGAGAGAGAGGGAGCAGCGGUGGAUGCGGGAGCCGCGGGAGAGGACCCUCCGCACCGCGAAAUGUGGGAAUGGAAGGCGCAGACUGUGCAGACUCGCCGUCCCGAACAGGAGUAUGAAGUGCUUUGUGGCUCCGGGAACGCCAAGACAGAAACUCGGUCGCCUUUGGAUAGCCAGACGCGCUCGCGGGGGGAUAUACUACUACUAUUACUACUAACGUGGAUCGCGAGAAGCCCCGCGCACAGCGCAGUGCAACAUGGCCUCGGCUGUUAACGUCUCCUCCGAGCAGGAGAACAGGGACCCCGAUCGGCCGAGGUUAAUGCAGAGGAGGAGCAGGGGCAGCAGCCGCGCAGCCGCCGCGGAUUUGGAGUACUUGCAGCGGCCGAGCUACUGCGAUGCCGCCUUCGCGCUGGAGCAGAUCUCGGAGGGUAAUGCGACUGGAAGGAAAGCACCGUUGUGGCUGAGAGCACAGUUUCAAGGACUUUUCUUCAAACUUGGCUGUUACAUACAAAAGAACUGUGGGAAGUUUUUAGUCGUGGGCCUUUUGAUAUUUGGAGCUUUCGCCGUUGGUUUAAGGGCAGCUAAUCUCGAAACGGACGUGGAGAAACUCUGGGUUGAAGUGGAUGGCAGGGUGAACCAGGAGCUGAAGUAUACGCGGCUCAAGAUCGGGGAAGAGGCCAUGUUUAACCCUCAGCUGAUGAUCCAGACGCCUCGCGACCAGGGUGCCAACAUUCUGACCACGGAGGCGCUCAAACAGCAUCUGGACUCAGCCAUCAAAGCUAGCAGAGUGCAUGUUUCCAUGUACAACAGGAAAUGGAAGUUAGAACAUUUAUGCUACAAAUCAGGAGAAUUCAUCACGGAAAACAAUUUAGCUUACCAGAUAAUAGAAAAUCUACAUCCCUGUCUGAUCAUUACACCUCUGGACUGCUUCUGGGAAGGAGCAAAGCUACAUGCAGGCAUAGCCUACCUCUCUGGUAAACCCCCUCUGCAGUGGGUCAACUUUGAUCCAAUGGAGCUGAUUGCUGAGCUGAAGGCAGUGACCCACCUGGUGGACAGCUUUGAGGAGAUGCUGGUGAAGGCUGAGGUAGGCCAUGGCUACAUGGACCGACCCUGCAUCAACCCUGCAGACCCAGACUGCCCACUGUCUGCUCCUAACAAGAACUCUACCAGGCCGUUGGACAUUGCCCGUGUCUUGACUGGCGGCUGUUAUGGAGUCUCCAAAAAGUACAUGCACUGGCAGGAGGAGCUCAUCCUCGGAGGAACCAAGAAGAACGAGAGUGGCAGACUUCUCAGUGCCCAGGCUCUGCAGACCAUGUUCCAGCUCAUGACCCCCAAACAGAUGUACGAGCACUUGAAGGGCUAUGAAGAGGUCUCGCACAUGAACUGGAACGAGGACAAAGCAGCUGCCAUCCUGGAGGCCUGGCAGAGGAGGUACUCCGAGGUUGUCCAGCAGAGUGUGUCCAUCAACUCUUCUCAAAAGGUGCUGACGUUUACCACCACCACUCUAGAGGACAUCCUUAAAUCUUUCUCCAGCGUCAGUGGAAUACGGAUAGCCAGUGGCUACCUGCUUAUGCUUGCCUAUGCGUGUCUGACCAUGCUGCGCUGGGACUGCGCUAAGUCCCAGGGGGCAGUGGGGCUGGCCGGAGUGCUGCUGGUCACUCUGUCUGUCGCUGCUGGACUGGGUCUCUGUUCACUCAUCGGCAUCUCUUUCAAUGCAGCUACUACUCAGGUGCUCCCGUUUCUUGCCCUCGGUGUCGGAGUGGACGACGUCUUCCUCCUCGCUCAUGCCUUCAGUGAAACAGGCCAGAACAGGAGAAUCCCAUUCGAGGACCGUACUGGCGAGUGUUUAAAGAGAACAGGGGCCAGUGUGGCUCUGACCUCUAUCAGUAAUAUCACUGCUUUCUUCAUGGCUGCCCUCAUCCCGAUUCCAGCACUGCGGGCCUUCUCACUACAGGCUGCUGUGGUGGUGGUGUUUAACUUCGCCAUGGUGCUGCUCAUCUUCCCCGCCAUCCUCAGCAUGGACCUGUACCGCAGGGAGGACCGCCGCUUCGACAUCUUCUGCUGCUUCGUCAGUCCGUGUGCUAACCGGGUGAUCCAGCUGGAGCCCCAGGCAGCAUACGGCGACCCAUCAAGCGACUCAGGCCACUACAGCCCACCUCCGUCCUACAGCAGCCACGGCUUCUCCCAGCAGACGCAGAUCACCAUGCAGUCCACGGUGCAGCUCCGCACGGAGUACGACCCGCGCACACAGGCCUACUACACCACGGCUGAGCCGCGCUCACGCAUCUCCGUCCAGCCCUUCCCUCCCACCACCACCACCAACAUCAACCACAACAACAACAACAGCUGGGCCAGCACCGCACCAGGACCCAGCACCACGCGGGGAAACCCAGCACCCGACACGGCGUCCUGCAGGAGCACCGAUGGAGCGAGCUCCACCCGGGACCUGCUGUCCCACAGCGCGGAGGCGGGAUCAGGCUGCGCUGAGCCGGCCUGCUCCCGCUGGACCUUCGCCUCCUUCGCAGAGAAGCACUACGCUCCCUUUCUGCUGAAGCCCAGCUCUAAGGCGGUGGUUAUCAUCCUCUUCCUGGCCUUGCUGGGCGUCAGCCUGUACGGGACCACCUGCGUGCGGGAUGGCCUGGAGCUGACCGACAUUGUUCCGCGAGAGACGGCCGAGUACGACUUCCUGGGCGCUCAGUUCCAGUACUUCUCCUUCUAUAACAUGUACGUGGUGACGCAGCAGGCCAACUACGCCCAGGCCCAGCCGCUGCUCUACGAGAUGCACCAGAGAUUCGGCGCCGUCAAGUACGUCCUGCGGGAGGACAACGGCGAGCUGCCGCUCAUGUGGCUGCACUACUUCCGCGACUGGCUGCAGGGUCUGCAGGAGGCAUUCGAUAAGGACUGGGAGGCGGGCAGGAUCACUCAGGCGAGCUAUAAGAACGGCUCAGAUGAUGGAGUUCUGGCCUACAAGCUCCUGGUCCAGACUGGCCGUCGAGACAAGCCCAUCAACCUCAACCUGCUCACCAAACACAGGCUGGUGGACGCAGACGGGAUAAUCAACCCCAACGUCUUCUACAUCUACCUGACCGCCUGGGUCAGUAACGACCCGGUGGCCUACGCUGCCUCUCAGGCCAACAUCAGACCCCAUCCUCCAGAGUGGAUCCACGACCGCACCGACUCCAUCCCAAUCAACAGGCUCACCAUUCCCGCCGCCGAGCCCAUCGAAUAUGCACAGUUUCCCUUCUACCUCAACGGGCUGCGUGAGACGCCGCAGUUUGUGGAGGCCAUCGAAAGCGUGCGCUCCAUCUGCAGCAACUACAGCCGGCAGGGUAUGCCCAGCUACCCCAACGGCUACCCUUUCCUCUUCUGGGAGCAGUAUGUGGGUCUUCGCCACUGGCUGCUGCUGUUCAUCAGCGUGGUGCUAGCCAGCACCUUCCUGGUGUGUGCCAUCUUUCUGCUCAACCCCUGGACUGCUGGGAUCAUCGUGCUGGUGCUGUCCCUGAUGACGGUGGAGCUGUUUGGUAUGAUGGGGCUGAUCGGCAUCAAGCUCAGUGCGGUGCCUGUGGUCAUCCUUAUCGCCUCGGUGGGCAUUGGUGUGGAGUUCACUGUCCACGUGGCCCUCGCCUUCCUCACUGCUAUAGGAGACAGGAACAAGAGGGCAGUGUUGGCCCUGGAGCACAUGUUUGCUCCUGUGCUGGACGGAGCUUUCUCCACUCUGCUGGGAGUGCUGAUGCUGGCCGGCUCUGAGUUUGACUUCAUAGUUAGAUAUUUCUUUGCUGUGUUGGCCAUCCUGACUGUGCUGGGGGUCCUCAACGGCCUGGUGCUGCUCCCCAUCUUAUUGUCCUACUUCGGCCCUUAUCCCGAGGUGUCUCCAGUAGACGGCCGAAGCCACCUGCCCACUCCAUCCCCAGACUCUUGUCCACCAGUGGUGCACUUCACCAUGCGGCCCAGUCACACCACCUCACCCGGGACAGGCUCAGACUCCUCCGACUCGGAGUACAGCUCUAACUCCACAUACUCGGGUAUCAGCCAGGAGCUCCAAAACUAUGACCUCCAGGCCAGCAGGGGGCGGCCCACCCAGCCGGAGGAGGUCCGGAUCUCCACCGGACCUAGACAAGGAGGUCGUCAUGCAGAGCCGUCCACUCUGCCGUCUUAUCCAACUGGGCCGCCCGACUCCAGGCAGCAGCAGUGGCAUCAUCAGCAUCAGCAGCAGAAACAGCAGCAUCACCAGCAGCACCAGCAGCAGCAGCAUCAUUACCGCUCUGGUCAUCCUCCUCGUUCUCAGGAUGUAGGACCUCAGUCUUCCCGCCGUCAUGGCAACAGGGACCCUAAAAGGGAGGCGGGAAGUGGACACCCCCCUCCGCCUCAGAGGUUGCGCACGGACGCUUUUGACUCCGCCAGUGAGGCGGGUGGCCACUUUGGCCCCAGAGAACGUUCGUCGGGGCGUCGGCCUCGCUCCCACAACCCUUACCCUCAUCCCACCCACCCUGCUUCAGGCCCCGCCUACGGCCAGCCCAUCACAACGGUGACAGCCUCGGCCUCUGUGACGGUGGCCGUACAUUCAGGGAUGGCUGGCCAGAGCCCCGCCUACCCCUGCUACCCCUCCAACGACAGCUAUCGCACUUCAGAAGAAGUCUACCCCGACACCCACUUCCCUGACCCACACGUGCCCUUCGACGAGAGCUGCCACGACGCAGACUCCAAGCUGGAGGGCAUGGAGUUGCAGGACCUAGAGUUCCACCCUCCCAGCGACUGCCACACAAGACCUUCCAGCUGAGUGGUUGAAUGUUGAAGCACAAAUGGCCAAAGAUGGGACAUCCGUCUGCUAGUGUGGAAGAGACAUGGUGCUGCAGGGUGGGGGAGGGGCACUUGGACCAGCAGCGCCUCUGUGGUGCUUGACUCUGUUACUGUAUAGCCCUAAUGUAUGUCUGUCUUAGAUAUUUCUAUAAGUAUUUAAAAACAAGAAACGUGUACACAAGUGUAAAUACGAACCAGAGUAGCUAUAAUUGGCCCGGUCUGGGUGUCGCCAGGCUGGACGGUGUUCAUGUGUACGAUUUUGUGAUUACUGUCCACCCAUCAUCUGUGUAUCUGUGCCAUGAGGAAGCUUCAUCUUAGACAUACUUAUCAGCAUACAGAUGUUGCUGCUUAAGAUGUUGUAAUGUACUUGUAUAAUUCUAUGCAAUUAUUUUGAGGUGUGCGUGUGUGCGAGAAAGUGUGUAUGAGUGUCAAAGAGUGAGUUUACUUAUGUAUAGUGCAUGCAUGAGUGCGUGCGUAUGUGUGUGUGUGUGUGCUUGUGUGUGUGUGUGUGUGUGAGUGUGUUUGGUGUGUGUGUGUGUGUGUGUGUGUGUACGCCCUAUACAAACAUGUUGAUGCACUCCAGGCCUCACAGACAUUGAAAAUCCAUUGACUUCCAUUGACACUGUCAAACUCACUGAAGCUGAUGGUAGAUUAUCAAAGCAUGCUUCAUGCUCAUUUAGUUUAUUGUCAUUUUGACUCAUUUAUUGUAUUUUCUAUAGAUCAUAUAUGAAUUUUCUGCUAGAAAACUUUAUUGUCAAUUUUCUACCCAAAAGAAAUUGGUAAUAAAUCUAUCUACAUUAGCAUUUCAGAGCAAAGGACUACAAUUACAAAAUCUAUAGUAAAAAAUAUCCCUAAACCCUGAUCAUGAGUUAGACUUUUCAGCAGGGAUGACUCUUAAUGAUCAUAUUGUGCAUCCCUAUUUUCUAUAGGAAUUGUAUAUAUGAUAUAAUCUACUAUAUUAGUGUUUAUAAUACUACAUAUAUAUAUUAGCUGUUUUAAGCUGUAGAAAUCUUCUCACACUCAGUACCUACUAUGCUUCUUCAUCGGACCUCAUCAUAAUCUGAAGCAGACAUGUUUGUGUGGGUGUGUGGGCACACACUGCAGUGUGUAUUGAAGUAGAAUGUAUGCUUUAUUCAGAUGAAUUUGCUUAUCACAAACCUGUGGUAGAUGAAAAGAAAAAAAAUUAUUACUGUUUAACGUUGAAGCACGCUAUGCGUGAAAAUGUAGAAAUGAAGAAAGUGUAGGGAGCGUUUGCGUGUGGCUCUGCUGUCUUUGCUCUCCGUCAGAUCCUCCAUUUUUCUUUGUUCUUCUGACUCGAUUCGAGUUGUUUUACUGUUUAAAAAUAAAAACAAACGGCCAUUUAGCGUUAUGUUAGCCCCUCGUCUGCUGUCGGCACUCUGAAACAGAUUACUGGGUAAUUAAUAACCGUAUUUACCUUUUUGUAGCAUAUGUAGGUACAGCGGUAUCUAUCUAGAUACAGUAUGUGUGCUGGGGACACGCACUGGUACAGCCUUGUUAGCUAGUUAGCUAAUUAGCUAACUAACUAUCUAGCUAAUCAGGUUUACUAUGAACAGAAACCGACUAGCCUCUGUGUUUGUUUUUCUUUUUAUCUUAUCUUUACAUCAGAAUGGCAUUAUUUUCAUUAUUGUUUUCAUUGUUUUAAUAUGUUCACUCUUACUUUCAAGCUAAAUCAUACAUGUGGUGUGUGGUUUUAUUUGAGCUAAUUCAGCUAGUUAGCUUUCUAGCUAGCUAGACUUCUCCUCAGUGCAGCAGCCCUAGUUUUCCCUUAACGUCUUUCCUCAUGUCUUAAUAUAAGCUAACGUCGACUAGUAGCUCAAAGGGCUAACCGCUAGCUACAUGGCCGAAGAACAUCCACGUCUUCACUGUCUUUUAAAGGGUCCGUCAGUCCGUCGACCCCCUCAUUGACAGUUCGCGACUACUGGCCCCAAUUUAGCACGAGCAGUUCUCUCCUCUGACCUCACCUCAUAAAAGUCCACAACACAACGCCAUGACACUAAUUGGACGCUCCCCCUCGACUGCCAAAUGGUGCAUGCCAGUGCUUCUCUGGGGUCAGGGGUCGCAGAGCCCCCAACUUACUCUCUAGUCUGGUGUGAGCAUGAAUGUGUGUGUAUGUGUAUAUGUGUGUCUGUGUGUAAGUAGGCACGUAUAAUUUGGGUAUGUAUUUGAGUGUGUGUGUGUGUGUGUGCGCGUGUGGUUUGGGUCAAUAUCAGGAUAAUGUGCCUUUUGUGUCCCCAGCAUAGUUGUUCAAAUAAAAAAAAAUCCCACUCUAAUAUUUGGUUGUACCGCCUUUAGCUGAUCUCAUUCUUUCAGCACAUACUGUUGCUGAACCUAGACCUGACCAACUGCAGCAUCAGCCCCACAUCAUUAACUUACUUAAAUACAGGUGGAGAGUUUAUUUUUUUAAAUAUAAAUAUAUAAAUAUAACCUUCACUUGUUUGUCUUGUAGCUUCUUAUGACAGGGUGGACAAUUUUAAAAAAGUGAUUAAGCUGGAAAAAUAUGAUUUCUGUUUAGUCUAAAGUCUUAUAAACAUGAUCAAUAGCCAAAAGGCACAGUAUUCUGAUAAUGACCUGUUCACAUUCUGCCAUCAGCCCCCUAACCACCACCCCCAACCCCCUCAGCAGUUUGACUUCCUGUCAGACGUUGGGAUUUCUGUACCUCCUGCUCUUGUUUCAUUUUCUGAGCUUUUUUCUCUGCUAUUCUCAACUGCUUGCGAGAGCCGUAUGUCUGUCUGUCUGUCUGUCUGUCUGUGUGUUUUUGUUUGGUGUGUUCUCCUAAAUGUCACAUUGGCAGAAACAGGAGAGAAAACAUGGCUGGCAACUAUUGUUAUUCAUUUUUUUUAUAUUCUAUUAUUUUUUUACAUGUGUUUUUUGCAAUAUUUAUAUUUUUGUAUUAUAAGAUGAUGUUGUUUUGUUCAAUAAUGGUCAUAAUGCCAGUUGUUAACAAUGCAGGGAUUUUUAUGUCUGUCUAAAAAAACACUAUUACAGUUCUGUUUCUGUUUGUACGUGUUCUUACAUUAAUGGAUUUUGAUGUGUAUAAAGUGCUUACUAAUGUUAAAUAGGAAAAAAAGAGUAUAUAACAUUUACAGUACAGAUUCAUCACAGCUCUUAGAGGAUUUUAAAAGGAAAAUAAGAUGUGGUUUAUUUACAGACUGCCAUUCAUUUUUCCUCAGUCGGCGUGGAUGUGUGUCGUUUUCAGUUACAAAGAUAAAUGUAUGCCAUAUAAUUUAUUUAUAUGAAAAUUUAUUUUUGUAGUGUACAUAGUAGGCGUCAAGGUAUUUGACAGAAGUAUAUUUUUAAAGAGUUUAUAUGUAAUGCUACCAUUUGUUUUUUUGUUUUCUUUUUUUGUUUUUAUUUUUUUUAUUUUUUUGGUUUUGUUUUUUGUGAGAACAUAACAUUAAGAGACAUUAAAUCAUUAAGGUGCACACUUUCAUCGCUAACUUGUUCUCAGACUAAAGUCCCCUUUUUACAGUGUUACAUAGGUAAGAGAGUGAGUGAACUCUGAACUCUGAGAAGAGACUGUGUUUCGGGUUGCGUGAAAAGCUAGCCAUGAAAGUAGACUAAAGGAAUACAAAUGUACUAGCUCUCUAAAUAAUAAUAAUAAUGUUCAAACACUGAUAGAAUUCUAACAAAUAAAAAAUAUUAUAACUUAUUUGUCUCUUAUUUGUUCUAAAUAAACGGAUCUGAAAGAUG